AUGGCGGCAAUGGCGAAUCUCCCUAAUACCAUAGAAGCUAAUACUGCUGCGACUCUGCAAGCUAUGCAGAGAUUGGGCCAACUGGCUGGGAACGGAAAUGGCAAUGGGAAUGGCGAAGGGAAUGCCAAUGAUAAUACUGAGGGAAACGGUGAUAACACGGGAGGAGUUUCGAUGACUUUGGCGACGUUCCUCAAGGUUCAUCCGCCAACUUUCCGAGGGCCCACAAAUCCUAUUGAAGCAGACCAUUGGUUCCAGGCUAUAGAGCGUGCUAUACAGGUGCAGCAUGUUCCCCUCAAUCAAUAUGUAGAAUUUGCCGCUUAUCAACUAACGGGAGAGGCCCAGCCCUGGUGUCAAGCUGAGUUGUUCCAAACGGCUUUUUAUAAGAAAUACUUCCACGAGUCUACAAGGGAAGCAAAGGAGAUGGAGCUAAUGCAGCUGAAGCAAGGUUCCAUGUCUGUGGCUGAGUAUACCAACAAGUUUGAAGAGCUUUGUAGGUUUUCCCAGGUGUGUCAGGGUUACCCGGAGACUUUCGAGAGCUGGAGGUGCAUUAAGUACCAAAGGGGUUUGAAGGACAAAAUUAUAACUGCUGUGGCUCCUAUGAAGAUCCGUGUUUUCUCCGACUUAGUGAACAAGGCUAGAGUAGUGGAAGAAUAUGCCAAGACCGUGGCAGCAUCCAAGGACACUCACGGAGGGAGCUCUGGUCGGGGGCGUGGCAAGUAUUUUCAUCCAAGAGGACAAAGCUUCAAAAGAGAAGGAUAUGCACCUCAAGGCCAAGGGGGCUUCAGAAAGAACAAUCAGAAUCAGUUCCAGUACGCUAAAGGAAGAGGAAAUCAGAGUGGUUGCUUCCAUUGUGGGUUACCUGGAAAUAGAAUCCAUUGA